UCAUCGUCGUCGACAGUUUCGAUAAACAUUAAUUAAAUAUAGUUUAUGAUAUUAUAUUAGAGGGUACUGUGUAAAUGUGAUUUAAGUAUAUAACUGAGAAGAUUAAUGUUUCUUAAGGCGUUGAAAAUGUGAAUUGAUUUCAUUUAAGCAAAGUUACGUCAAUAUUAUGACGUGUUUAAUAGUGUUACUAGUAGUUUUAAAUGUGUUAUGUGUGAAUUCUGAAGAUUUUCCAAGCAAUGGCGGACGUCAAUGGGGAAGCGCAGCCAAUGAUACGGAUGAUUUUAAUCCAUGUUUCGUUACUCCGCCACCAACACCUGACUUCUCCGCGCCUGGUAGAAGAAUAAGUGAAAUAAAAUGUUUUGAAUACAUUUGGGAAAUAAAAAAACGCAUCGAUGAGGGCGUUAGAGCUAGUGAAUGUUUGAAAUGGAAACAAAGGCAUCCCGGUCCCAACCGUCCCCAUUUCGCUGUUGGUGGACAUAUCACGCUUCCCGGGGAAUACCCACAUAUGGGAGCCGUUGGUUGGAAAGCAGCGAUUGGCACAUGGGUUUUCAAAUGUGGCAGUACUCUUGUCAGUUCCAAGUAUCUACUGACAGCUGCGCACUGCUCAAGGGCUUCAUCUCGAGACACGUCAUUGGCUGAUCCCGUCCCCAAAAUUGUGAGACUUGGGGAUAAAAAUAUCGUUGAUGUGUAUGCUAAUAAUCGAUAUCCAUUUGACGUGGAGAUCAAAAGAAUUGUAACCCACCCAAAUUUUGUUCCUCCCAAAAAAUACUUUGACAUCGCUAUUAUAGAAAUAAAGACUGAAGUGUAUUUCUCAAAGUUGAUUCAACCAGCAUGUUUAUGGACUAGACAUGAUACUCGCCAACUUGGUUAUGAAGCUACUCUAACUGGAUGGGGAGUUAUUGAAACAGCUGGAAGAACUACGUCUCCUGAGCUGCAAGCAGCGCAUGUUGAUGUUAUAGAUUCAGAAUAUUGUAAUGAUUUACUCCACCAGUAUUGCAAUAGGCUGUGGUGCGGUUUGGAGCCGCAUCAGUUGUGUGCAGGGAAAUUAAAAGGAGGAGUGGAUGCGUGUCAGGGUGACUCUGGCGGGCCACUUCAAGUGAAAAUACCGUUGCCCGUAACAGACCAAGGUUCGAUGCAUUAUGUAAUUGGCGUCACUUCGUUUGGAAUUGGCUGCGCGAGAGCAAACUUGCCCGGCGUGUACACUAGAGUGUCCAGCUUCAUUGAUUGGAUCGAGGAUGUCGUGUGGCGAGGAUUGUGAUAUAAAUAAAUAUUUAUGUUUAA